GAGGAGCCUUGUUUACAAUCGACAAGCGCGGCAAAGGCGGAAGCAAGCUUGUGUGUGACGGCCACCGUCUGCAAAAGUUUACAGUCGUCAGAAAAUUGACAGGAAAAGUGCUAGUGUGACGCCGAACACGUGACGUCACACUAGCGCGCAGUAUUUUCAAGCUUUCCUCUCAUAGUUAUCUAUACUCGUUGGAGUAGGCUAUCCGCGUCUACUGGGUGUGUCGGGAGUGUUUGGGAACUCCGCCGUGGUCAUGUUUUAAGUGGUUUUGGUGCACUCACUAGACCUUCUGCCAUGCCUUACAAGUGUUGCGUUCCUUUAUGUAAAGGGAAUUACAAAAGUGGGCCAAAGGUGUGCUUAUUUUCAUUCCCAAAAGAAAAGAAGCUUGCGCGGGCUUGGCUUCAUGCUAUCAAGCGAACAGACUUCACCCCAACCAAAUACACCAAGGUAUGUGAGCUGCACUUUCGGUCAGAAGACAUUGAAUGCGAGACCUCCUUCUUUGACGAGAGGACUUUGACCAAAGUCCAAGCCAAGUUGAAGCAUCCAAGACUGCGACAGGGAGUUGUUCCCUCACAACUUCCCAACUGCCCCGCUUAUCUUUCACUGUCACCAGUAUCUGAUAGGGAAUCACCUGAUGAAAGGAGAUCCAGGAUGGAAGAGAUUGCAAUUGAAGAAGCCCUUAAACAGAGUGUUGUUGACCAUGAAGAACUUAAGGAGUGCAGAAAAUUUAGAGAUUUAGAUGAAUUGGUCAAAAAUUAAAACAUUUAGAUAAGUACUGGAAGAUUAUUGAGAGAGAAGAUUCAGUAGUGGUUUGCCAUGUGACUGCCAACCCUGAGCCCAAAAUUAAAUGUUCAGUAACAAUCAGCGAUUCAAGUAGAGUAAAAGUAUUUUUUGAGAGUGUUGAAUUGGAAAAGCUAGGAAAUUACAAAAUCCCUUCUGAAAUUAAUAGCAUUGACUCACUGGAAGAAAUUUUAUGUAAC